UUGCCGCUAGUCAUAUUCAACAGCGAUUAGUAGCCUAUGUGUUUCUCCGGAGUUUGCUCAGUAUGACGGUUUUCGAUUUUAUACAGCUUUUGGGCUGGAUUGACAUCAAGAGUAUUUUGAUGUUCUCAGUUGUCUUCCUACUGCUCACUGACUACUUCAAGAACAAACCACCCAAAAACUUUCCUCCCGGACCACGGUCUCUGCCUUUCAUAGGGGAUCUGCACCACAUCGAUCCAAAAAGGCUUCACACUCAGCUCUCAGAGUUUGCAGGAAAAUAUGGAAACGUUUUCAGCCUCCGCCUGUUUGGUCCACGGAUGGUUGUCUUGAAUGGAUACAAGCUGGUGAAAGAGGCAUAUAUUCAUCAAGGAGAAACCUUAGUCGAUCGUCCGUCUUUGCCCUUGUUUGCUGACAUAGUUGGCGACAAAGGUAUUGUUGCUUCCAAUGGAUAUCAGUGGAAACAGCAGAGAAGAUUUGCACUGAUGACACUGAGAAAUUUUGGCCUGGGUAAGAAGAGCCUAGAGCCAUCUAUUCAGCAGGAAGCCAGUAUUCUCAAAGAGGCCUUUUCAAACGAGCAAGGUAGAGCAUUUGACCCUCAGAUCCUUAUGAAUAAUGCUGUCUCCAAUGUCAUCUGUGUUCUGGUGUUUGGUGAUCGGUUUGAAUACAGUGACAGUAAAUUUCAAGCCCUCCUGAAGAUGAUCAAUGAAGCUGUUUAUCUGGAGGGUGGAAUUUGGGCUCAGAUCUAUAAUUUGUUGCCGUGGUUAAUGCGCAGAGUGCCAGGCCCACACAGGAAAAUAUUUGCCCUUUGGAAUACAGUCAUUGACUUUAUCAGGACUAAAAUCAAAGAGCACCGCAUUGACUAUGACCCCUCCUCUCCACGGGAUUAUAUCGACUGCUUCUUGGGGGAGAUGGAAAAGUGGAAAGAAGAUGAAGCAGCUGGAUUCAACAUUGAGAACUUGUGUUUCUGCACACUGGAUCUGUUCGCAGCAGGGACUGAGACCACCUCUACCACCCUGUACUGGGGUCUCCUUUAUAUGAUCAAAUACCCAGAAGUACAAGCAAAGGUACAGGCAGAGAUAGACCGUGUGGUAGGGUCGUCACGACAACCAUCAGUGGCAGACAGAGAGAACCUGCCCUACACUGAUGCUGUCAUUCAUGAGAUACAGAGGAUUGGAAAUAUCAUCCCACUGAACGUGGUCCGAUCUACUACCAAGGAUACCUACAUUGGAGGUUACAACAUUCCCAAGGGCACAAUGGUUACUGGGAACCUCACAUCAGUUUUGUUUGAUGAGACAGAGUGGGAGACACCACACACUUUCAAUCCAGAACACUUCCUGGAUGCUGAGGGUAACUUCCGGAGGAGAGACGCCUUCCUUCCAUUUUCAACUGGAAAGAGAGUGUGUCUAGGGGAGCAGUUGGCUCGUAUGGAGCUCUUCCUGUUCUUCACCUCCCUGCUUCAACACUUCACGUUCUCUGCUCCUCCUGGUGUCGAGCCCACACUGGACUACAAAAUGGGAGCCACACACAGCCCCAAGCCUUAUAAACUCUGUGCUGUUCCUCGCUGAGGUAUCUUUAAUACAACAGUAAAUCGUUAUUAAAUGUAUGCUCCAGUUUGAAAUGUAGGUCUGUACAGUAGAUGUAUUAUGUCGAAAAGAACAUAAUUCAGAUGUAUUUAUCCGAUUGAUGUUCUGCUGAAGAAUUAUAAUAUUGUUUCAUUCUUAAAAUUAUUUUCCUCAUUGGCACACAUCUGACAUAAUAGAAAUAACUCGUAUUGAAAUAACCUUAUAAAAUCAUCCAACAUUUACUCUUAUUUUUUGAUUAAAACAUUUUUCAUCUUCAAGUAACUUUUCAUAUAUUUGUGUGAUUAUGAGUCAUGAUGUGAGAAACCAUAGCCUAUUCGUAAUGCCAAGUUUAUUAUGCAUAAGACACAAUAUGCUGAAUUAAAAGAUUAUCGUGAUCAUA